GACAAUCGUGCGCGCGAGAAACGAUCGCGCUAGGACGCGCGUGCACGCGCCAACGACAGCCGGUGCAUCGUCCUUCUGCACGCUUCUCUUCGCGAUCUGUGCAGGGUCAAAGGAUGACGGGAUAUAUGGCAUCACCGGUGCGCCCUCUGACAGCAAGCUGCGCACGGGGCGGCCCGCCCGUGUGAACACGUGGGAAAUCGCUACCGCCAUACCACCCGUCGCACCGAGCAUCCUUCUUUUCGCCGCCCUUCUUCGCUACCGCCCGAACAACAACCACGAUCCACCUGUUCGCCAGCUUCCAUCAUCCGCAGUGUCUCCGUUUGCGUCCGCGCGUCGCGCGCUCCCAUUCGAACGAUCCUCGAUCGAAAGAGAAACGUUUGAAUCCGAGGCAACGUUCUAACUCGUAAUCGAUUUCUCUUAACUGGACACCGAACGAAGACGUCGGCUGGGUCGAUUAGAAUCGAGGGGACCCGAUGACGGGGAAGAAGAGAAGGAAAUCUCGGAACUCGACGGACGGGAUGGGCAGGAUCGAUCGGAAAGAGGCCGAGCUUGACGCCUAAUUAAAUCGAUUAGACUUUGGGGUUAAUUGUUCUGGAACGUGAGCUCCGUUGGUACGCGUCUGUCGUCGGUAAUCGUCAUCGUUAUCCUCGUAACCAGCCUGGUCGCGAUCGGUCAGUCCGAUCGAACGAUCGAAACGUGACGUUUCGUUGAUCGCAGCAUCAACGUCAGUGAGUUCAACGAGAAAAUUUCGGUGAUAAGUGACGUCUCGUGUCCGGCAACCUUUGCCACGACCAGGGUAUUCCCUAUCUCCGUCCUCUCUUCUUCACCUUCGCUCACCCCUGCUCUCGUACUUUCUUCUUUCUCUUCUUUUUCUACUCUGUCUCUUUCCACGCUGUUCCCCUCGUCAACCCCUUUGCUCUUGUUUCCCUAGCCCGCCUUUUCUAAUCGUUCCUUUUCUGCCAGCCCGACCGAUCGGAUUGAACCGUCCCCACGAGCACGGUUGUCAUCGGCAUCCUCCAGGCUGUGAAUAAAAGUGAACGGUGCACGGCGUGAAAACUGGUGUCCAUUGUUACGUUCCGUGGCCAGUGCUGUGUUGUUACUAUCGCCGUUUAUUUCGUCAACAAAUCUCUCCUUUCUCCUCGUUCAUUCUUCGUACUCGAUAUUGUUCGUGAUGAUAGGACACGAGGUCCUACGUUGCUUACGUCUUUAAAACGCAACAACGAUCCGAAUGAUUGCUCAAUUAGUUGUAAACGUGUCGUCCUAGUGUUGGUCGCGAUACGAACCGACUGGUUCCAGAGGUGAGCGUACUUGCGCGUUUCUGUGACGGUGGGUGAUCAGUGCGAAGGUAUUCCGAAGAAAUCUCGUGUCGAUCGUGGACCAGUAACCGCGUUGUGCGCGGAAAUAUCCACCGGCAUCCGGCAUCUCGGGCCUCCACGAGUUUCCAGGGUGACACCGAUUAUGCGGACGAAUAAUCGUGGUGAUCGAUGAUCCGCUGGAUCGACGAUCCUCUCUCGUGGAAGCUACCAGUUGGGAUCGACGAACGGUGUGCUUCCUGAUGUUCGCCGUAAUUGUUCGCCGGUGGAUGGGGUCGUCACGGCCAUAAACCCGAUCAGCUGGAAGGAGAUUCGAAGCCGAUUGAGGAUGUCCUCAAAGAGGAAGUCACCACCAACGAAGCUAUCGGAGGGCGGGGGAGGCACGGGUACAGUGAUAGGCGCCAACGAGGAGGAGGAGGAUACGACCUCGUCGGUGACCGGUGGUCCCGGUGGCGAGGUAGCCGUCGGUGAAGAGGGUUCCACCACCCCCGUCGACAUCGAGGAGUGUUACCCUCAUCAAAGAGGAGGCGACUGCGAGUCGUCCGGCUGUUCGUCGCCGGCGACCACCAGUGAACCGGAUCUUCGCGAUUCGCCAUCACCCUCGUCGAAUUCCCUGCGACCAAGCAAGGGACAAAGGAUCGGUCUGUCCGGUCAGGAAACGCUCGCGCCUUACCACUAUCCUCACCAUCAUCAUCACCAUCACCACCACCAUCAUCAUCACCACACGAAUACAUCGUCUUCGUCCGGUGGUGUCGUGGAACCGGCCAGUUCCUCCGAGUGUGGCUCACCGCCUACCCCUUUAACCGUCGACCCCUACUACCCGAACCAUCCUCACCACAACAACAACAAUACCGUCACGCAGAAUAAUAACAACAGCAACGGUGGUAGCGCCACCACAGCCAGUACCAAAAGAUCCAUGGACGACGUGCUGAAGAGGUUAACCUGCAAGAUGAACAGCGAGUCGUUGUCGCUGCAGGACGAUACCAGCAACAACAGGCGGACAAGCCCGCCACCCUCUUCCACGCCGACCGGCCACAACGCACACUGCGGAGGCGUCGCCAGCGUGCCGAAUAGCGUGCCACCCUCACCCCCAGCUUCCGGAAGGAUGCAGAACACGGAAGGACAAGUUCAACAGGAUGGUGCCUCGGCUUUGCACAGGGUCCUAUGCGCGGAAAGCUUCGCGGAGAAGGAACGAACGCUAUCCGAGAUGAUCCUGCAACUGCAGCUGCUCAGGGAACAAUUGCUGCAACAGCAAGAUCAGACGAAGUCGUAUCCUGUGCACAUGAGCGUCGACUCGCAGAAGCAAAUCGAGAUACAGCGGCUACAAACGGAACACUUGAAGCGGCAGCAAGAGCACAUCAUGCAGCACAACAUCCAGGAGCUACAAGCUCAGAUGACAAAGAGCCAGCUGAACAUGUCAGGACCGCAAUCCUUGAUGUUCCUACCGUUUCUCGAACAGCUACGAGGGUUACCCGUGCAAUCGCCUAUGCCACCACCGCCGGCCACGUCGACCACCACCACCAACAAACAUAUCAAUUCGAUCGCCAACAUGAUCAGCAGCCACCGGGAAGGUCCUAGCUGGGCGACGGCGCAUUUGGCGCAAAUGACGACGCAAAUGGAGAAGGAAGCAUCGCCGACGCCGAUCUCGUCCGCCGUCGCGCCUACGGCGCCUCCUCUCCAGGAUCUCGACGCGCCGUUGAACCUUACCAAGCCGAAAUCCUCGUCGUCGGGGGCCACGGCGUCUUCCUCGUCGCCCGGAAGCGAUUCGCACUCGACCGGGGCCGGAAGCAGCGGUCAGCAGGAGCAGCCUUUGGCCGCGACUGCGCCGAAGCUCUUUCCGCCUGGUUUACCGAUGCCACGGAAUUAUUUGCCCAGUCUUCCUUACGCCGGAUUACCGCCGCACCUCAGCACCCUUUCCUCUCCGAUGGGCAAAGUGAUGUCAAAAGACGAAGCAGGCAGUGCGGGAGGUGCGGCAGCAGCCGCCGCGGUCGCAGCUGUAGAGAAACACUUCGCGAUGCACGGGAUCUACGCGCUACCACCUAGUGCAGGUGCGAUGCCUCCUUCGCCUCAAACUCAACGACCUAUGAAGCAUUCCGCUUCCCGGGACGAGGCUGCGCAAGAGGAACAAGACUAUCUCUCCACGUCGCACAUGUGGCGGGAGCCGGGUUACAAGGUACCGGAAGACAUAACGGAAAAAGCUAAAAUGGUGAGACAGCAGAAGAGGGAGGGUGAGAACAAACCACAUAUCAAACGGCCUAUGAACGCGUUCAUGGUGUGGGCCAAGGACGAGCGUAGGAAAAUUUUGAAAGCCUGCCCGGAUAUGCACAACUCGAACAUAUCUAAAAUACUCGGCGCUCGAUGGAAAGCGAUGUCGAAUUCGGAGAAGCAGCCGUACUACGAGGAACAAUCUCGAUUGUCGAAGCUGCACAUGGAGAAGCAUCCCGACUACAGGUACAGGCCGCGACCGAAGCGUACCUGCAUCGUGGACGGUAAGAAGAUGCGAAUUUCCGAGUACAAGUCGUUGAUGCGGCAACGACGACAGGAAAUGAGGCAGCUCUGGUGUCGUGACAGCGGUCAAGAGAUGAGUUUCCUGUCGCCGGUCGGUUCCGAUCUAAGCAGCCAACACCAUCCGGGAACGGGAGCCGGACCGUCGGCGAGGCCGUCCGUUUCGCCGCCCGCGACGAUGUUGAACGGAGGUGCGGCUGGUCCGAGUUCCGACCAUCCGUCCUUCUACUAUCCGCAGGACAGUCUCUCGCCGUCGGACAUGAUGGACUUUUCACCGGACAAUUCCGGCUCGAUCGGUGGUUACGACGCCAGUCCACGGCAUCACGACGAGGAUUGAACCGCGGCUCCGGGUCAGCCGCCAUGGCCGCCCGGAGCUUCAUCGUCAACGGUAGUGACAAGGUUAAAGCACCGCCACGGAGUUGCGUUCUGGUAACUGAAGGCACGCUGUUCUCCUCCUCGUGGUUCGACGCCGGAGGGACUUGGCGAUACCCGCGGCGAAGAUAACCGCGUGGUGAACGCGCGAGCGUAAAAAAAGGGAAGAACGUUCUCGAGGAGUGGACCGAGCGUCUCGAAGCCUCGCUCGAGAAGGUUGUGAUAUAACGAUUUAUUUCUGUGCCAUCGUACGACGCGUACGGAACCGCCGUCGCGUCGCUUAACAUCCAUCGCGUGCCACUGGUGGAGAAGAAGAACGAUGGCAUCCUCGUGUACUGUACUCGGGUCUUAGGACAGUGUCGCGAUACAGCCGAGCGUGAACGUAACGUAGGGUUCAUGCACCCCGGGGGUUCGUCUCCUUAUCCGUUAACGACGAACGUAUCACGGGAACGUUUCCGGUGUACAUGAGAUUAGAAACGAGAGGAUCACGGCGCGGACGCUGAUGACCUCUCGGUUUGCUUGCUUGCUUGCUUGUUACUGUUACGAGAGACAGGGUAAGCUAACAAGACACUCUGUUACUCCGUCAGCCGUACCACGUCGAGCGGAACGCGACGGCGGCAAGUAUACACGGUGUAUUCUCUUCUGUGUAAUCAAAACUGCGAACUGAUAAGGUUUGAUCGUCGUUAGCUAACGUUUCUAGGUAACAAGGUGCGCGCGAGUAAUUUUCAUUGUAACGAAAAACGUCGUUGCUGUAUCCAUCUCGCGCCUCUUUUAACGUACGACUGCGUGAAACAAGAUGCAUAUAGAAUUAUAAAUAAAUAAAUAAAUUUAAAUAUAUAUAUAUAUAUUAUAUAUACAUACCUGAUUUCUCGUAAGACUGCCAUGUGUCACGUGUGCGCGUCAGAAGGAUCGAUUCGAUGCAAUCUCCUUCGACGAUUCUCGAUCCAACUCGUUUAUCGCGUUUCGAACACCGUGAGACGAUAGUGACACGUAUACGUGCGUGCGUGAAGGUACGUUGAGCGGCCAAAAAAGUCUUGUUCCUAUUCCUUCUAGUGUGUGUGUGUGUGUGUCUAGCGAUACGCCAUUCCGGUCGGCCGUGUCUUCUAUAUGAAACGCAAUGGGAGAAUAAGAAAAAUCGUGAAACGAAUGAAAAAAAAUAAUAAAAAUUCUGAUCCGUUUGUAUCGCAUCUCCCAGGUAUACGGAAAGCACGCAAUUAGAUCGUAUUAAUAUUCCACGUUUCCGUAUUCGCACGCAAUUACUUGUAUUCGAUAUUCGCACGAGGGGACCGGGACAGAAGGGCGACAGGAAAAACGCGGGAAAAACUCUGUCACGCGAUUCACCAACUCGUCAACGGUGGUCACGUCUCGUUUCAUCUAAACACUUUUAGUACUUAUAGUAUUUCUUUUUUUUUUUUUGUUUCGUCAUUUAUUUAUGGACCCUAACGUUAACGACGAUUAGUCGCGGUGGAUUUGAACAAGUUGAGAAUGAACGAGCGUAAGGACACCAAGUACAUUGGCAAACGAUCGUCGAAAAAAUAUUGUUAUAUUCAUUGUUUUCUUAAUUGCAUCGACUAAAAUGUACGACGAUGAUUAUUGAAUAGCAUUUGUUAGAAAUAAUUCUAUGAUCGUUUGUCAGUGUACACACUCGUGGGCCUAAGGAUGGAGCAUGAAAAAGUAUGCAGAGAGAGUUAAUAAAGAGAAACUACGUAAAGAGAAGAAUCAAUCGAGAUACGUACGUACACACGUAGGAAGAAGAAAGAAAGCGAGAGGCACGCGCGACGUCGAUUUUUAGUACAAUGUUACUUCUGUAUAAAAUUGCGGAGGGGAAUUAGCCGUUAUUUAUUGUAAACGAUGUAACGAACGAAUAAUCAAAUUUUAAUACGACGUUGUGUUAUUUUUUUUUUUUUUUUCGUUUUUCAAUGUUCCGGAACGCAAGCUGUUACGUUUUAUUCUUCGAGUUGUGCGGUGAUGAAGGGUCCAGCAAGCCUAGAGAACCCUCGUGAACAGGGCUGAGCGAAAAAGAAGAGCACCGUUUCGUGAGAAGAAACUAAUUAGGUAUAUAAAGUCUCGUUAACGCUUGUGAAACGAAUCGAACCGGGUGACAAAGAUCGGGAGCUCGAUGUGAUAAUAUUUAUGUGCCAAAUAGCGUUUUCGCGGGCCGGAAGUGAGGUCGCGUUCCCUCCGGUACCGGGUCGGCAGUGUUGGCUCGACGUGAAACUCGAUUAAAUAAUUUUUACGUCUACUUCUAUUUUUUCUCACAGUUUUUCCUUCAUCUUUUUUCUAUUUCUAUUUCUUUCUCUUCUUCUUUCUCUUCCUCUUCUUGUUAUUUAUAAUCAGUGCAAUUCUAUACAAGGUACCUAAUAUAAUUUUAUAAAGAGAGCCAGUAUCCUCGGAUGUAUCUGUGCCCGGGUUUCGUCGGAUGAUCUUCGAUACCGCGGCCGGCGGCAGAUAGGAUAGCUUAAUGUUGAUAAUAAUUUAUUUUAUGUAUAUAACAUGGAUUUGUACAAGUGCGUCGACGAUGUUCACAGAUCGACCGAUGGAGAAAACAAGUGAAACAAUCGGGGCCGACGCGGUAAAAAAAGUGUCAAUACUAUUAAAUGUACAGUGUAACUAUAUUGUGAUGUAUUUGCAUAGCGCAAACAUAUUAUAUAUGUAAUUUACUCGAAAACACGUAGAAUUAACGAUGUUAAA